AGAUUCGCGUUUAAUUAAGAAAAGGCCAGUCGUCAGUUUGGCUGGUGAGAUCCCAAAAAGGCAACCAGACGAAACCAGCAGCCCUAAGAGAAGGGCGAUAAACACAAUGUUAAGUAAAGCUGUCUUCCUGCUAGUUGCGGUCUCCUUAGGAGCCCAAAGUGGCUUUGCACAAGACGACCACCCCAACAUCACAGAUGUAGAAGUUUUGGCUGAAGCCGUGUCGAUGUUCUCGCUUGACGUUUUCAAUAAACUGCACACGGAAUCCAAAAACCUGCUCUUUAGUCCAUUGAGCGGUCACUCUGCUCUAAGUAUGGUCAUGCUGGGAGCGUGGAACAAAACAUUAGACAACUUCCAUGAGCUCCUGAAGAUUGAGGACCCCUACACCGCGUACAUAGAGCUGUUUCAAGACUACGAGACUAUGCCUGGCAUUGACAUUGUUCUAGCAAAUGGCAUCUGGGCCAAGCCAACGUUCCCUAUUAAAGACGAAUACAAGGGGCACGUUGGGCAUAUCUUUCAGGUUGAGCCCAAAACUAUUGACAUCUCUGCACCUAAAGGCCCAGAAGAACCAAUCAACGCUUGGGUGGCCAACCGGACCAACAACGCCAUCACGACCAUUCUCCCGCCGAGCUUCAUCACGGCUGACACAGACAUUUUGUUUCUGAACGUGUUCUUUCUCAACGCGUCGUGGGAGUCUCCAUUCGAUGCCUCCAAAACCCAAGACGGAGAGUUCGUCACUGAGAGCGGUGAAACAAUCCGCACCAGCUUUAUGAGGAGAGACGACGUUGAAGUGGAGGUCGGCGAGAUGGAAGGAUUCGCGGCCAAAGUGUUGAGGCUGCCAUUCAAGAACUACGGCUUCGCCUUUUACAUCGCGCUCCCCAACGAGAACGAGACGCUGAGCAGGCUUCACGAUUUCAUGGUGAAUGAGCUCCACGAUAGCGAGCUCUUCUUCGCUCACCUGCAGACGACCAAAGUGAACCUAUAUGUCCCCAAGUUCCAACUGACGUCCACUCUCAAUAUCAGCAAGAAAAGCAGCAUGGGGCUGGACUUUUUAUUUGACCCAGAUGCAGAUUUUAGUGAGCUGUCCGAAAAGCAUUUAGCACUAAGCAGCGGUGUUCAUAAAGUAUUUAUAGAUGUCAAAGAGACUGGGAUCGUUUCUACUGAGACGCCGGUCUUUGAAGGACGCCAGAGCAGAGACUCCUCAGAGGACUUCGUAGUGAAACGUCCUUUUAUAUUUUUCGUUCGCGAUGACGUAAAAGGACUCCUCCUCUUCCAAGGAAAACUCUCGGACCCAAGAGUUACGGAAGUAGAUUAUUAGAGCUAGGACGUGAAUCGCGUAUCACCUUCUCAGAUGCAUUAAAAAUGAUAUUGAAAAAAUAAAUAAUUUUAAUCCAUUCAA